UACUUCUCUAUAUGAAAAUUAUUGCCUAGACCCGGUCCACUAUGGAUCUAAAACACAAAAUGUAUAGUGGAAUUCACCUAUUAAAUACAUUGAUUCCACAUAUUUGUGUUUUAGUUGUAUGAUGAAUCAGGUCUAGGUAUGAAAAAUUCUUUCUCUAUAAUGGUGUAAAUUAUUUUACUUGAACAAAUCUAUUUUAGUAUUGACUUUUUAAGAAUAUGAAACUUGUAUAAUACUUGUAUCAUUCAGGCAAAGCCUUUUAUGUUCAAAGGAGAUUCAGUUGAAAUCAAUUACAGUUGUCUUGUUGAUUCCGCAUUGAAGGGAGAUUAUAUAAAAAGUGAAAUGGAGCUAAUGAUUUAUUGUGCUGCUGUUAGCGUAUAUAGACCUUCUAAACUUCGACCAAGAAUGAAACAGAUAGUUGAAGCUCUUGAAGGAAAAUUGCCUUCUAAUGAAUUAUGGGUUGCGGAAGAGAAGACAGGCAGUAUGGCAGGUCAGAAGAAAGGUAGCAUUGCUUUCUUCGCAACCUAUAAACCACCUGUGCCGCUGGACAUAUUCUCGUGUCCUGUUUUACAGACGUCGAGGCAUGAUGAGCUCCACAUGACUGAUGGAUUGUCCUACAAUUACAACUGA